GGCUGAAACUUGAAUUCAGUUGAGGACACGAUAACAAGAACACGUUUGUUUGUCUUGUGUGCUACCGAGUGUGAAAUUACUGAGAAAGAGUUUCUCAAGCGAGGCACAUAUAUAGUGGCAGACUAUUCUACAAGCAACGCAAUGUCUUUUAUGUUAAAACACAUGAUAGGAGGGCAACUGAAGGAUCUUACCGGCGGUCUUGGAGAAGAAAAACCCGAAGGUGAGAAGUCAGAAGCGUCGGGCAAAGGAAUGACUCAAGAAGAGUUCGAGCAAUAUCAACAACAGUUGGCGGAAGAGAAGAUGGAGAGAGAUGCCAGCUUUGCCCAGAAGAAAGCUGAACGGGCCACAGUUAGGAGCCAUUUCAGGGAAAAAUAUCGUCUUCCAAAAAGUGAGUUGGAUGAAACACAGAUUCAGGCAGCAGGGGAUGAUGUGGAGCUGCCCAACGAGCUGGCCAAGAUGAUCGCAGAGGACAACCAGGAGGAAGAGAGCAAGCAGUCUGUCCUGGGCCAGCUGACAAACAUCCAGAACGUAGAUAUUGAUCAGAUUAAAGAAAAGGCUCAGAGUACCCUCGAAGACCUCAAACAUUCGGCUGAAAAAUGUGAGGUUAUGUAGCGUAGGCCCUGUACACAAGAGCUCCAGAGCCGGACUGCUGAUUCCAGAUCAGAUGUUCCCUUGGCUCCACUGAUUUUGGCCACUAUUUAGGAGAGACUAUAGGAAAUUAAUCAUAUCUAUAAACGUCACACCUCUGAGUAAUGGGAAGACUCAUAUUAAACUCCUUUCCGAAGCCAAGCAAGCAUAUCUACAUUUGUUGUGUGUUUGUUGUUUUGCAAAUAAUGUUAACAAUGGUGCGUACAUGUGGGCUAUUGACUAGAAAAUGUUGAAUAGAUGCUAUAAUAACAGGUUAACACAUUUCUAUCCCUGCUGAUAGAAGCCAUUAUAGAAAUUCUAACGGAUUCCAUUAAAAUACCAUUAUGAAUGAUUAGGUUUUUCCAUUAAAACCAUUACAAAAUUUCCUUUUGAAGUGCGUUUUGGGCAUUUUUUAAGAAGGAUUUAAUGGUGUUUAAUCGGUUCCCAUCCGCCAGAUAACAUCCCACCAACAGAAUCCAUAUAGACACAAAUACAGUUUCAGUUAUAACCAUUACAUUUUCUGUUCUGUUUUGGGCAAGAUUGUUUUUUUUCAGCAGGGAUGUUAUUUAUCAGUGCUUGUAAUAAUUUAAUAUGUAUGCAUAUGACAUCAAUUACUCUGUCAAAUGCAGUUUGCUAAAUGCAUACUGCUAUAUGUAUAAGAAUUGUAUUGGUAAUAUUUUUUAAAUACUAAGAUCUUCUAAAGUCAAUAUAAAAAGAUCUUGUGAUUAUAUAUUUAAUGUAUGUCAUUACAUGUGCAGUGUAGAACAUGUAUCAUUGAGUUUUCCUAUGACAAAACUUGUAAACAUGAAUAGUUUAUUAUUAGUAUAUUUAUUUAAACAAUUUAUUUUGGUAAAAAAAUCAUGUAAUUCUGCCCUUACAGUUGCCGUCCGUUUAAU